AUGGUUGUGGGGAGCACCGGCACACUCUGCUGCCGCAGCAGCAGGAGGCCCAUCUGUCUCCCUGUUGCUGUUUCUUGUCUGCUGCAGCAGGAGACGCAGCAGCAGCUAUAUUACGAUGAAGCUUUGCUGCAGCAGCAGCAGCAGCAGCAGCAGCAAGUACACCAGCUGCUGCAGCACAUACUGGGGGCCGAUAGAAAAAUAUAUAAAACUAAACAACUACCCUCAGCCUAUCAUAUCGUUGAUACCCUAGAUGAAUACAUACCUCCUGCUGCUGCUGCUGCUGCUGGUGCUGCUGCUGCUGCUGCAGGGGGAGAUGCAGAUAUAAGCAGCGCGAUAGAAGCAGAAGAAGCAGCAGCAGCAGCAGCAGCAGCAGCAACUGACGGCGACGGUGACUCCCGCGUCCUCAGCUACACCCUCGUAAACCCCUCGCAGCACCCCCCCCACCACCACCACCAACAGCAGCAGCAGCAGCAGCAGCAGCAGCAGCAGCAGCAGCAGGUUCGUGUGUCGCAGCAGGUGCUGAUAGGCAAGAGAAGAAUAUACCGCCCCAAGGCAACCCGCCACCUGCAGCUGGCUGUCUUUCAUUCUACCUCCCACUACCUCACACCCCUCAGCAGCAGCAGCAGCAGCAGCAGCAGCAGCAGCAGCAGCAAUGGUAGCGGUAGUGGUAGCAAUGGAGGAGAAGUGGACAGCAGCAACAGCAGCAGCAGCAGCAGCAGCAGCAGCAGCAGCACAGGUAGCGGUAGAAUGCCUAUACAGCUUUUCAGAGACCUGCAGCAAUUCGGGUUUGUGGGGCGGCCUGCAGCAGCAGCAGCAGCAGCAGCAGCAGCAGCAGCAGCAGCAACAGCAGCAACUGCUGCUCGCGUUGCUGCGCGGAAGGUUGUCCGCUGCGACUCCUGGCUGUUCACUCCUUUCCCGCUGCAGCAGCAGCAGCAGCAGCAGCAACAGCAGCAGCAGCAGCAGCAGCAGCAGCAGCAGCAGGAUUUGGUGCUGCCUGAGUGGGUGCUGGAGCUGCGGCGAGAGACAGAGGAGGGAGACACGACAACUCACCCUGAGUUGCUGCUGCUGCAGCUGCAGCAGCAGCAGCAGCAGCAGCAAACAGCAGCAGCAAGCAGCAGCGGUACAGGAGCAGACGCAGAUAUAAAUGAUGAAACAAAGAAAACAUAUAUUCGUUUGUAUGCACCUGCUCGGUGUUUGCUGCUGCAGCAGCGAAAGCAGCAGCAACAGCAGCAACAGCAGCAGCAGCAGCAGCACCUGAUGCUGCUGCAGCAACCUUCUGCGUUCUAUGGCCUUGUUUCUCUUUUUCUUUAUAAUUUACGUGUGGCGAUAGCUGAGCCAGUUGAAGCAGCAGCAGCAGCAGCAGCAGCAGCAGCAGGAGGAGGUACUGAAUCAGCAGCAGCAGCAGCAGCAGCAGCAGCAGCAGCAGCAGCAGCAGCAGGAGCUAGUUUAUUUUAUCCUGGUUUACUAGGAGACAAACAAAACUCGAUUCAAACUUUUUACGAAAACAGAAAAAUAUUAAAAGCAGCAGAAUCACCAAUUGCUGCACUCAGGCUUUAUAAUAACCAGUUUGCUGCUACAGCAGCAGCAGCAGCACCACCACCACCACCACCAGCAGCAGCAGCAGCACCAGCAGCAGCAGCAGCAGCAGCAGCAGCAGCAGCAGCAGCAGCAGGAAAUGUUAAUCCUCUUCAUAUUAAACUGCAGCAAGAAACUCUAUCGUGGAUACAAAAACAAAAACAGAAGCAGCAAACACUCACGCAGCAGCAGGAGGAGGUUUUCUCUCUUUAUAAAGCUUUUACUUUUGUUAAGGUUGAUGAAGCCACACACACACUGCAGCAGCAGCAGCAGCAGCAGCAGCAGGGGCAGCAGCAGGGGCAGCAGCAGCAGCAGCAGGAGGAGCGGCAGCAGCAGCAGGAGCAGCGGCAGCAGGAGGAGGAACAACAGCUCGAACAGCAGCAGAAGGAACAGCAGCAACACGAACAACUGCAGCAGCAGCAGCAGCAGCAGCAGCAGCAAGAGCAGCAGCAAGAUCAGUUGUAG